CCCAAAGGUGGAACCAAAGUUACCAGCAGUUGUACCACACGGAGGUAUUUCAGCAGGAGCCGGAAGUGAGUUAAAGUUGUGGCAACGCGCGGAAUAGCUGAAGUUCUGAGUUAAUUUAGUAUUUGUGGAAGAUUUGUGAGUUUAUUCAGGUAAACAUGGCGUCUAAACGUAAAUGUGACGCCACGGUUCCUGCGGAGGAAAGUGACCAACUGCUCAUCCGCCCGCUAGGAGCAGGACAGGAGGUGGGACGGUCCUGCAUCAUCCUGGAGUUCAAGGGACCAAAGAUUCUGCUGGACUGCGGGAUCCAUCCUGGUCUGGACGGGAUGGACGCUCUGCCGUACAUCGACCUGAUCGACCCGGCUGAAAUUGACCUGCUGCUCAUCAGCCA